AUGGCCUACUUACAUCUUGGUGAGAGCUACGAUGCAGCCAAGUAUGCCCUCGUCUUGAAGGAUGAAUUAACACAUUGUAGUGAGUUGGUGGUUACUGCAUCGGCGGACAGCAAAACGACAGUGACGGCUAUCUUUGACUGGAAUAAGUGCUUUGGUACCCCCCACGCGUUGGUUUCGGACAGUGGCUCUCACGUCAAGAGCCGAGUGAUGGUGUACGCCACAUCUUCGUCCCUGUAA